UCCGGAACCGCUCCGCGCCGGCCGCCGGCAGCAUGUCCGCCUCCUCUUCCAGAAGGAAGAGCAAGGGGCGCCCGGCCGCGGGCGGCAGCUCCCCGCGGGAUGCUCCCCUCGGAGCUGCCGCGGGCGGGCCGCUGGUGCUGCGCGUCGCCGACGCCGUGGAGGCAGGAGAUGACAAAGUCCCGAAGAUGCUGCGCAGAGCGCUGGCGCAGCUGUCGCUGAGCAGCAUGAAGUCUGCGGAUCUUUGCAUAGGGAGGCCGGCCCUGCUCACCGCCGCUGAUGGGCGGCAGGAGGUCUGUACUGCUUGGCCCACCACAGGCUUCCCAGGGGGGAAAAUUGGGCUGGCUGAAACCACUCAGAAGAACCUGAAAGUAAAUCCAGGGGAUGCCAUCACUGUGCAGCCUGUGACUGGUGCAGUCAUCCAGGCAGAGGAAGUUGAUGUAAAAUUGAGGGACAAAGAUGCCACCGUUAAUGCUGAGGAAAUGUCUGUCUGUCUGCUGAGAAACCUUGAUGGUAAAAUAGUCCUGCCUGGAAACCUCUUGGCUUUCACUUACUAUGGCAAACUUUGCAACAUCGUGGUGAUGAAAGUGAAGGGGACUGAUGGCACAGAGCUGAUUGCCCAGGGCAGCGCCAUUCCUGGUGAUUGCAAUGAGCCAGACCUUGAGAGGUCUGACUUGGAGAGCAGUGCCUUAGACUUAUCCCUGCAGCUCGGCAGGAUGGACGUUGGUGACAGUCCAGAGGUUGCCUCCAUGAGCACCCCGAGCAAAGCUCUGGAUCCAGGCUCACCAGUCACACCCAGCGCUCCAGACUCCGGGCACGGAGACAAAACCAGCAGGGGAGAUGGUGCAGACCUCACCCAGGAUCUGGAGCUGGCUGGGGAAGGCAGCACUGAGGGGCUUCCACUAACUGGCAAAACUGGAGCAGUGAGCAACACAGAUUGUUUUUACUUCAUUUCUUCAAAAACUAAAAUCAAUUUUAUUGAACCAAGGACCGGUGUAGCAGAGGAUGGCGAGUGUCAGUCCCGGGUCACCUAUGACAUGAUAGGAGGCUUAAGCAGUCAGCUCAGAACUAUUAGAGAAACUGUUGAACUGCCCUUGAAGCAACCUGAACUGUUCAAGAGCUAUGGGAUCCCUCCUCCUCGAGGAGUGCUGCUCUAUGGCCCUCCAGGAACUGGGAAGACCAUGAUAGCCAAGGCCAUCGCAAACGAGGUUGGAGCUCGCGUUACUGUCAUUAACGGCCCUGAAAUCAUAAGCAAGUUUUAUGGGGAGUCUGAGUCGAGGUUACGUCAGAUAUUCGCUGAGGCUUCUCUCUGUCGCCCCUCAAUUAUAUUUAUAGAUGAGUUGGAUGCGCUCUGUCCAAAGAGAGAAGGGGCUCAGAAUGAGGUGGAAAAAAGAGUUGUUGCUUCACUGCUGACAUUAAUGGAUGGCAUUGGCUCAGAAGGCAGUGAAGGGCAGCUGUUGGUCCUUGGGGCCACCAAUCGCCCCCAUGCCCUGGAUGCAGCACUGCGCAGGCCGGGGCGUUUCGAUAAGGAGAUAGAAAUUGGAAUUCCCAAUGCCCAGGACCGUCUGGACAUACUCCAGAAGCUUCUCAAGAAGGUUCCCCAUUCGCUCACAGCAGAGCAGCUGGCACAUCUGGCUGACAGUGCGCAUGGUUAUGUGGGUGCAGACUUGGCAGCCUUGUGCAAAGAAGCAGGUUUGUACGCGCUGCGCAGAGUGCUGGGGAAGAGGCCUGGCCUGUGGGACACCGCAGUGGCUGGGUCAGUGAUGAUUGCUUUCAAUGACUUCCUGCAGGGGAUGAAUGAUGUCAGGCCCAGCGCCAUGAGGGAGGUGGCAAUUGAUGUGCCUAAAGUAUCUUGGUCAGACAUAGGAGGACUAGAAGAUGUCAAGCUGAAGUUGAAGCAGGCAGUGGAAUGGCCUCUCAAACAUCCAGAGUCCUUCAUCCGAAUGGGGAUCCAGCCUCCCAAGGGUGUCCUGCUUUAUGGACCUCCUGGAUGCUCAAAAACCAUGAUAGCAAAAGCUUUGGCUCAUGAAAGUGGCCUCAACUUCUUGGCAGUGAAGCUCUUGGCUGUGGCAGCUCCAACAGAUUAAUAAGGCUUGGAAAGGUCGACUGCUUUGCUUUGUGAAGAGCUGUCACUGAGUUUUGGGGAGAUAGCUUAGCCUUUUGAUGGGGAUUUCAGUGAGCAGAAGCCUGAAAUAAGAAAGCUUAUAAGUAAGUAGUUUAAAAGUAAGGCAUAUAAGAUGAAAAAUGCAGAGGCACUGUGGUUUUAUGAGAAAUUUUGGCAAACAUUUGAUAAAAUUUCUAAAAAGAUCCAGGGUAACACAUUUACAAUAACUUGUUAGUUAAUUAGCAGGUAGUAAAAAUAACUCUGAAAAUUUUGACGUUCUUUACAAGGGAUAACAAGUUGAGAUACUUUGAUGAGCUCUUUUAAUCCUGAAGCUUUCUGCAUAUUGUACUCAACUAAAAAGAAAUCAUUCAUCCAUUCUUACCAUAAGCUUACCAAAAGUGAAUAUGCAGGCAGAAAAUGGUUAAAUAUAAUCCCUAUCUCUUUGUCCCUUCUCAAUUACCUUGCAAAUUUAUUUUUUAUUAGCACUUAGUUUCUUUCUCUCUUCAAGUUACCAGUGGAGGAAUGGAGUGUUGCUGGAGGUGUGAAGUCUCAGCAAAUAGGUUUUGCAGCAGGGGUGGCUCAUUUUCUGUGGUUUUGCUGUGUGAUUUUUGAUCCUGCGUGGAUCCUGCCCUGAUGAUGCCAGAGGCACUCCGAAGGCACUGGUGCAUGCAGUGAGUGUAAUUCAAUGUUUCCAGUCAGUUCAUUCUGCAGUACAAAUCCUGGCUUCUGUCUUGUGUAAAGAAGCCUCAGAAGAUUGUCACUGGAGUUUGCUGGUCAAGGCAAAUGGCCAACAAGUGGACUCUGAGGCAAGGCAGUAAAGAAAAUUGGAUAUUGUAGUUGCCUUUGCAGUCUGACCAUGCUGCUUGUAACAAGUCCACUGCAGGGAUUGGGGAUAACAGGGUUUUGCCAAUUUGCUCCCUUACAUACUUGGGAGCCCACAAGCACCUGCUGAAAUUGAGGAUUUUCAAACCCCAGAGAGGUGUUGACAAGUUUUUAAGGUCCUCUGGAAUGUGGGGCAGAGGGAAAGGAAGUGAUUAAAAUGGUGCAUAGUGCUCAGCCUGGGGUUUCCAUGUGCUGAGAAGCUGGGAGUGAUGCAGAUGAAAUCUUUAGGCAGCCCUGAAAGAGAAGAAGCAGGCUUCAUUCUUAACAAGCAAAUAGAAUGCGUUUUCUGAGCAAAUAUUUUUCUAUGCAGCGUAACCAAUUACCAAAUCACACAUGUACAGCCUCUGCCUUAGAAAGAGCCUUACUGUUAAUAUAAAGGAAGUUUCAGUGUUUAUCUUGUUAACUCGCUUCCCUGCAGCCGCCCUGAGUCAUGUGCUGCUUUGGUUGGACUGUGGGAGGGAUGGAAUAGCAUUUUGCCAUGGCGAUUGCAGUGCCAAAAGACUCAAUAACUAAUUUCUCAGUCUCUUCAGUGUUGUUAGAGUAGAGCAUAAGGCUGAGAGAAUUGAGAUUGUUCAAUCUGGAGAAGAGAAGGCUUAGGAGUGACCUAAUUGUGGCCUUCCAGAACCUAAACAGAGCCCACAAGAAAGAUGGAGAGAGACUUUUUCCAAGGGCAUGUAGUGACAGGAUAAGGGAGAAUGGUUUUUAAAUGGAACAGAGUAGAUUUCGAUUAGAUAAGAUUUGGAAAAAUCACUUCACUGUGAGGGUGGUGAGGCACUGGCACAGGUUGCCCAAAGACAUUGUGGAUUGCCCAGGGAUGGGCAAUGUUGGAUGAGGCUCUGAGCAACGUUGUCUGGUGGAAGGUGUCUCUGCCCAUGGCAGGGAGGGUGGAACUAAAUGAUCUUUAAAGACUCUUCCAACCCACGCCAUUUUGUGGUUCCAUUACUCUAUCUCACCUUCAGUGUCAAAACUGGAAAGAAUUAAAAAAAGAUGCUGGUUUUGACUCUGUCAAGGGUGUUCACUCUGGUGGGGUGGGAUUAAACUCUGAGCUGGAUGUCUAAGCUUUUCCUGAAGUUUUAAGAGAAAUUAGCGCAGGGCACCUGAGCGGUGAACAUCUGUCUGCCCAAAUCAGUUAAUGUGAAUGUCUAACUCAGGUGCCAGUGUGUGACUGUGGGCACUGAACAUUGCCCUAGGAACACAGUGUGAACGGUUGAAAAAGAAUUUUGUCAACUCUGUCUUUUUUUUUCUGUUUUGUUUUUUUUUUCUUUUCUGAGAUUCACAGUACAGAGCUCAGUUUCUAGAGACAUAAUUUAAAAUUAAAUAUUAAUUAUGACCGAUACUUUAAUGUCUGAUUAUUUCUGCUUUGAAUAUGGCAAAGAAGGAAUUGUGCAUUACCUUGUAGUAAUAAUCUAGCGUAGUAAUCUAUUGGAUGAGAUACAAACUCUCUAGUUGGAUCUUUAGAAUGUAGGAAUUGUACUCUGUGGCUAACACAGUUUAAUGUGUCUGUGUAAAAGCCCAGAACCUGUAUGUGAGGUUAUCAGGGUAUUUCUGAAGAGUCUAGACUGAGCUGUGUGCUGGAGACAUCUGGAGCUGUGCCCAUGUGACUCAGGAAGCCUAAGUGCAUUACUUGCCUGAUAGUCAAAAGAGUGAAAAAAAAAAAAACCCAAAAAAUCCAUUUAAGAGAAGUCACUGACUAAAUUUCCUACCCAAGUGGUGGAAAAAAAAUCUGCAAGUGAUUUUAAGCUCUGCUCAGAAAAAUGUCUGAUACUCCUUAACUUCAGGGAUAGCAGAUGUCCCUCUUGCAGUUUAAAAACACUUAGAGAACUUCUGUCAAAACCAUGUGUGCACAAGCUUAUCUCAUGUUGCUGCAUGUGUACAGGGGUUUUAUCUUCUGUGCAGUUCAUCUUUCAAGAGUUGAUUCUGAUAAUAUUUUAAAUGCAAGAAAUUUUUGUUUUUUUAAUGAAAUAAAAAAAGAAAUGAAAAUCUAGACCAUAAGCAAGUAGAAGGUUUCAUGAUACAUGGGGAUAUGUCUUGUAAGUGGGGAUGGAAUAGUCUUGAAGCAGAGCAUGCCUGGAAGCUCUCUCUGCUUUGAGGCUGAAUAAAGAAACCUCAGCAGUAUCCAGUGGGCCUGAAUUUGCAGAUUUUUUACUGUCAGUCUGGACUGUAGCUCACAAAUGCUUAUGUGCAUGGCUAAGCUACAACUGCUUCUGCCAAUUUUCUGCUUCAAAUCUUUUGCUGGUUUUGGAGUCCCUGUGCAAAUGUCCACAAGAAACAGGUUUUAUUUCUCCAUGUCUGCUUGUAUGGAAGAUGACUUGUUGCAGAUGAGAACAGAGCUGUGCAGCAUUAAACUGGCCCAUUUUUUACUAGCACCUCUUGGUCAGUCUAUCAACAGCUAUAAAAAGCUUUUAAAAAGAAUCCAUAUGCUCACCCCUUGGCCAGAAAUGAUCUUUCAACAAAUGUCAGCUAAGUCAAGUUCAUGUCAUUUGAUUUUUAAAGAAUUUAGAAAAGCACUGAAAAAUAAAAUUAAAAAACUCUCCUGGUAUUUCUUCAGUGGCCUUCAAAGAAAGUCUGCUAAAGGCGAGCUUUGUGAAAAUGAGAAGCUGUAUCAGCUGCCAGCAGGUGACUUUGUGGUGGCCUGCAGACUGCUUGUCCUUCAGAUUUAUUUUUCAAAUAAGAGCUGCCAUCAGUCUGAGCUAAAGGACUGCACAGGUGCAGACAGGGUAAGGCAAAGGCUCAGCUCAGGUGGGACCAGAGCUCACCCAGUUCAUUUGCUACCUCCAGCUGCUUUGAACAUUUCUAGUUUUUGUGUUGUGGUUUUCAGUGUUUGCAUGAUUGAAUUGUACAGCAAUUCCUCCUAUUCUGUGUGUGCUUUGUCUUCCUCCUCUUCUGUUUGUGCUUUGUCUUACUUUGGAUCCUUUUCUUGCCAUGGACAAUAAGGGUUCUGAGCUGCUCACAAUAAAAACUGUGACACUCAGAUGGAGUUCUGAUGUCCCUCAUGAAGGGUGAACUAGGAGACUUUGAAACCAAUUUUCAUGAAAGUUCUCCACAAAAAGGCGCAGCUCAUUACCAUGUCACGGUCUUUCACCUGGAGCUGCUGCUUAAUGAAGAGAAAAAUGGAGAAAAACUUCAUGUCAAAGCUUACAGCAAAAAGUUGUAUUCAAAAUAAUUAUCUUCGAAACAUUUUAAAUGUAUUUAUUGCUUUGAUGUUGCCUUCAUCAUAUUUUAAUGCUUAAUUAAAAAUAAAACUACAAGCAUCUGAAAUUAUAUUGUACUUUAAAGCUCAAAUAGGGUAGUUUUGGGUUUAAGGGGUUUUUUUUCUGAGACAAAAGAAAAUGUCAGGCUGUUUGAUGUUGGGUCAUAGGAGAGGAGCACACCGUUGGCACGGAUGCGUGUGAUGUUGGUUUCCAUGGGAAUACUGAUGUGAAUGAAGAUUACUUAUGGGAAUAAGGGCGUGAAAGGGAAGGUCCACAGGCUCCAAGGAAAAGUUAGAGAGAUGUGUAAUUGUGGGUGAAGUCUGCAGCAGUUUCUCAUUGUGACAGAGAGCUGGAUGGAAAGAGAAGACUCUGCUCUCGUUCCUUAAGGAUUUGUCAAGGCUGUGCUAUCGGAUUCCUCAUCUGCCCAAACAUGAUGAAGGACGAGGGCCCAGAGCAGCUGGGCUGUCUCUGAGCUGCAGUCUGGCCCUCACUGACUGCUCCAUGCUCCUCACGGGUGGUGUCAAUAGCAGCAAAAGGCUUUGUGCUUCUCUCUCUCACCUUGUUUUUUGUGUUUCUCUCCUCACUUUGUUUUUCCCUUCUGUCUUUGCUGCGUUCCUCAGUUUUGUGUCUGAAUAACUCUGUUUCCACACAGGUACCCACCAGACUCCAAUUUUGCAGUCAUUGGAGGCCUCCAGGUGACACUUUAGCUACCACAGCAGUUGCUUUAAAGGUGGAUAUUGCUGAAAGAAAGAAAUGCUAAUUGUAUAAUUUACCUUUCCUACAAGCCAGGCACACAGUGCUGGCCCUAUCAACCCUUAUAGUAUGGUUUUGGCCUGUGUGAUGCUCUAGGUCUGGCUGCUGCACUGUCUCACCUGGUCCUUUUCUCUUUCAAAAUGAAUAAAAUAAAAAUGGUGUCUAUGCGUGGAUGCUUUGUUCAUAUCAGAUAACUUGUGCUUUGCUUUUCAGAGGAUAUCAUUUUUACCCCUACAUGAGCACAGGUGUUUUCCAGUGUCAAGGUAAAGUCAGUGCAUUAACUGUUAAUGCAGGAAUGACAAUGAGCAUGGAAGGGGAAGGCUGCAAAAACCAUUGUGCUGCAUUUUUAGAGUGAUGAAUCUGUGUUCCACCGACCUGGGAACAAAGUCCAGAUGGUCCCAGUCAAAGAGGGCUUGUAACAGAGGUUCUGUCAUUGCCAGUGCAUAAAUGUGUGUCUGCCACACAUUCUUAAUUGUGACAUACCUGCUGUUAAAGCUGCCCUGUGCUCUGGGUUCAGUGUUACCUGAAGGCACCCACAGCCUGUAGGCGUUGGUUCAGCUUUCUGAUGAAGGAUGUUGUUUCUUCGGGAGGAAUUACAAGGACACCUGUUGUUGCCUGAAAAGUCUAUUGGAGCCACUGGCUCUUUUUGUUCAGGGCAGCAGAUAAUGAUCCUUGUUUGUGGCUUCAGGUCAAUGUUGAUGCAAACCAGGCUGAAGUCAAUGAGUCAUUACCAAUCCCAGGAGAAGCUGAGGCCCAUUAGGAAGCAGCCUAUCCUACAGGAUACAGCAGAACAGAAAAUACCCUGAGAAUUUGCCAUUGUUUUACUUUUUAUAAUUGUAAGUACUUGUUCAAGACUGGAAUGCUGACCCUGUGGUCUCCAGUCUGUUCCUGGUGGACAGGGCUGUGAGGAUAAACAGGCACCGCAGCAGCUGGCACUCAUAAUCGUGCCUGGCAGCCUCAGCAGAGGAGCAGGAAUGUGCAUAAGCUCAGACACUGAACAGCUCCCUUGCUAGGGAUGGGUUUCAGGUGUGCUGCUGUGGAGCUUCUUGCUUCACCUGCAGAGUGUCAGGUUCAAAGAAGUGCUGUUAAACAUUGGUUUGAGUCACUGCUGUGAUGGGCAGGAUGCAGGUUGAGAGUGCAAGUAAAUGCUUUACUGUGAUUUGUCCUUCUGGCUGAUUUGCAGCCCCUUGGUGUGCUGUUGUUGAGCACUUUUAAGAACCUCAUAGCAUUUGUUUUUUUUGGUUAAUUUCAUUUCUCAUUAAGGUAUUGGCGAAGUAUCAGGAUGAGAGGACUAACCAACAUGCAUAGGUACUAAAAUAAACAGAGAAAGCUUGGUACAGGUAGAGGGAAAGUAAAAAUGCGCCCAUAAGACUUACAAAUGACAAAAUCUCAGAAUUUUUUUGUAACAGAGCGUGACCAGUGCAGCACUAGCAGACUGUCUCAGUCACUUUGUAUGCAAAUGUAUCGUGCUUUUGAAUUUUCUCUU